CAAGAAAAAGAAAAAAAAAAUGAAAAAGAAAAAAAAUGAAAAAGAAAAUAGUAUAAGAAAAUAACAUCACGUCAUUUGUGAGCGAAGACCCAAUCGAACACCACCCAGACACAACAGAGGUGGGUGGGACAACAAAUCGCGAAGAAUUGUUAGUAUAGUGUCUCACCCUCGCAGAAACCUCCAUCAAUUUCCACAAACUCAAACAACGAAUCGUUCUCCAUUGCUAACCUAAAAAAUGGGUUGUUUCUUGAGCAAAAACAGUGAUACCAAAGCCAACAGGAUCGCACGUUGGCGAGCCACUGGAAUUGUUGCUUUGCGCGAUUCCAAAUUAAAGACAUUUCCAGAUGAAAUUAUUAAGUUAGACACAUCUGUUCGCACUCUUGACUUGACGCAUAAUCGAAUAGUUGACAUUCCUAUGGAAAUCAACAAGUUAAUUAAUAUACAACGCAUGGUAUUAGCGGAGAACUUAAUUGAGAGACUGCCAGUGAGUUUAGGCAAACUCCAAUCUUUGAAACUGUUGAACCUGGAUGGAAAUCGAAUUACUUCCUUACCUGAUGAAUUGGACCAGUUAGUAAGGCUUGAACGCUUAUCUGUCUCAAGGAAUUUAUUAGCAUCCUUGCCAAUGACUAUUGGAAGUUUGAGAAAUUUGGUGCUUUUGAAUGUGUCAAAUAACAAGUUACAGUCCCUUCCGGAAUCUGUUGGCAGUUGCUCCUCUUUGGAAGAGUUACAAGCAAAUGAUAAUCUUAUAGAAGAUCUUCCAUCUUCCGUGUGCAAUCUCUCUCACUUAAAGUCACUUUGCUUGGAUAACAAUAAUGUUAAGCAGGCUCCUCGGAAUUUAUUGAAAGAUUGCAAAGCUCUUCAGAACAUAUCACUGCAUGGUAAUCCUAUAUCAAUGGAUCAAUUGCAACAGAUGGAGGGGUUUCAAGAGUUUGAAGCAAGGAGGAAAAAGAAGUUUGACAAACAAAUUGAUUCAAAUGUGAUGAUGAUCGGUUCAAAAGGUCUUGAUGAGGGUGUUGAUUUAUGAUGUGGUCAGGCUUGCUGAGACCACUAACAAUGAGGAGGAGCUUUUGGAUUGGUUUGGAAUACUUGGUUUUUUACUCAUGCCUUUUCUUUCACAUAUGAAACAAGUGUGUUGAUAUUCCUGUCACAUUGUAUGUGAUUCUGUGUCAUUAUCCUGCGCCAGUUCCUUGUUUGCCUGCAAAUAUAAUAGCUUCAACAACAAAAGUAAUACUAUUCCUUCGAUAUAGUGUUGAAGAUGUUGUUUGCUUUCUUUUUUGCCAAGAAUAAAAAUUGUCUCAUCUAAUAAUGCCUCUGAAUUAUAAGGCUUCUUACU